AUGGUUGUCUUUGUUGAUCUCGAUGAGGACAUGGAGCCCCUUCAUGUGCUCGAGGCGCGUCGCCUGGCAGCUGCUGCCGCGGUCGCGACUGAUUCACUGGAACCAAGCAGUCGUGAGCUUGGUCGUGAGCUCGAGAAGCCGGCGAGCGCUCCGCUUGUAUCAGUGGCGUCCGUUCCCGCACCAGAGCCAACGCCGACAUUUCGGAGUGCUGCUACCGAGGCUUUUGGCUGCUAUCCUAUCGUCAUGUCCAUUGCUAAACACAUCGACCUCAACACCCUCGACAGCCUAGCCCGCACCUCGCGUCAGGUCCGCCGUGGCUUGCUGCAGUACCGCUCCAUCCUUCUAUCCUCGACGCUGCACUGUUCCAAUGAGGACGUACCUGUCGACCCAGAGUCCACCUUCCGCUUUCGCGCAAGGGCAGGCAAUUGGUAUUAUAUGGAAGACGGCCGGAACUACAACGGCAAGAGCGGCAGCUGUGCCCGGGACCUGAAUUGCGCUAUCAAGCCUCCAGCCCACAACGCCCUUCGGGAGCGACAUCGCAGGUUGUGUAAUCCAUGCACCAAGGCUCCCAUCGCGACACUUGUCAACGACGCACUGGAACCCGACACGUCUCUCGUGGACGACGCGGUGAGACGGGAGAUUUGCCGGUGCGAAAUCGACGGCGUCUGGCUUUGCCAGCCUUGUGGGCGGAGCAUGCGCGGUGCCGAUCACGACUAUCAGCGCGUCUGGAAGUGGCGAGCCCACUACGGCGAAGUGCUUGGCGGCCUGGGAACGGGCAUCGGUGAGGGUGACCGCGGUGUAAUUUGUGGCCGCGAGAGCGCCUGCGCCGGAGCAAAAGAACGCGAGAACGAGACCGACUGUGACGCCGAGGAUGCAGCUGUCAGCGGCGCGAACCUAUGGACGGCCACGGACCAGGUGCAUCUGGAUACGGUGCGGUACGAACGGACGCCGAGUCCUCAGCUCGGCCCUGGGUAUGAGAGGCACGAGAUCGAGGGCAUCGGUGGCUGUGUCAAGACCAAACUCAUCAGAAUGGUGAGGGUCGGCGCUUGCGUGCCCGAGUGGGACGACGAGAAAAGCCAGCACAAAAUCCUCGCGAGGGAGGUCAAAGGCACCAGGAGGAGCUGGUGCGGCUGGUGCUACAGAGUGAUUCCUGGUGAAGCCGAUUUGGCAAAGGUUGGUAUUAAGAUGAGCCAACUUUGA